GGAGAACUAUUCACUUCCGGCGGGCGGGUCAUGGCGGAACCAGGAAAGGAGAAGGGGGAGAAGGAGGACGCGGAGGACGCGGCGGCGCUGGCGGCCGAGCGCCGGGUGCGGGCGUGGGCGGCGGCGCAGGUGGCGCGCGGGCGGCGCGUGGCGCUGGUGACCUCGGGCGGGACGCAGGUGCCGCUGGAGGCGCGGGCCGUGCGCUUCCUGGAGAACUUCAGCAGCGGGCGGCGCGGGGCAGCCUCGGCCGAGCGGCUCGUGGGGCUCGGCUACGGCGUGUGCUUCCUGCACCGCGCCCGCUCCGUCUUCCCCUGGGCCCGCGCGCUGCCCCCGCACGGCCCCGCGCUGCUGGACGCGCUCCGCCUCACCCCGGGCCCCCCGCCCGGCGUGGCUGCCGCGCCCGCCGCGCUGCCCGCGCUGCUGCCCGCGCUCCGGGACUACCACCGGGCCACCGAAGAGGGAGCGCUGCUCGCCAUCGAGUUCACCGAGCUGGCGGAGUAUCUGGCGCUGCUGCGCGCCGCGGCCAGGGCGCUGGCACCGCUGGGCUCCAGUGUCAUGUUCUACCUGGCAGCCGCCGUGUCCGAUUUCUACAUUCCGGCCUCUGAGAUGCCUGAGCACAAGAUCCAGUCCUCGGAGGGGCCCCUGCAGAUCACAAUGAAGAUGGUGCCAAAAAUGCUGUCCCCCCUGGUCAGAGACUGGGCCCCUGAGGCCUUUGUGAUUUCCUUCAAGCUGGAGACGGAUCCCCAGAUCCUGAUCGACAAAUCCCGGCAGGCUUUGGAGAAGUACCGGCACCAGGUGGUGGUGGCCAACGUCCUGGAAUCCCGCAGGACCUCUGUCAUCAUCGUCACCAGCGACUCACAGACCCCCCUGUCCCUCUCUGAGGAGGAACUAGCACAAGGCAUGGAGAUAGAGGAGAAAAUUGUGAGUUACCUGCAGGGGCAGCACACGGCCUUCAUAGAGAGGAAAGGCUGAGGAGCAGCUGGGAAUUGUGCUGGAGAGGAACUGGAAUGAUUCCCUGGAGUGAUUCCCUGUCCAGGUAAAUAAACCAAACCUCCAGGACGCUCUGGAGGCCCAUCCAAAACUGUGUCACUUCUCCACAGCUUGGCCAUGAUUUGUCAUGGCUUCGGGAAAGAGAAAUACAUGGAAGUGAAACCCUUCCAAAGGAGCUUUCUCCCGGUGUCCAGAGCAGGAAAGGAUUUGGUUUCUGUCCCCUGGCAGGAGGAGAAAUGGUGCAGGUGUCUAUAUAAUAUAAAGAACUUCUUGAAUCUC